GUGUCGGUCGUUGCAGCCGUCGCUCGCUACGCUUACGCUAUCGUUUUGUAUGUCGGUUUGUAAUUGCAAAAACUAGCAGAAGCGCAGCAAAAGGCAAGAAAAUUUUAUACAAAAUUUUCUUCUUGCGUGUGGACUAUUAGAGCUAGAGACUUCAUACGCGGGAAUACAAGUGCUCGCAUUCCGUACGCAGAUCCAGCUUAUUUAAUUUUAUGGAUACUUGCCAACGUUCGCCAUAAAUCGACAUUUCUGAUGGCAAUAAGAGGCACAAAUGGCCUUUUAAAAUAUGACUGAAAUAUGAAUUGUUCACAUUUCACUCAGAUUGGAUAAGAAGCAUAUAUUCAUAUUGAACAACCUGGACGAUCAGCAGCAAUCUUCGCAUUGGUCUUUCGACUAGGGCAUUCUAGUCGCUUCUCGGUGACAUAUUUGGAGCUUUGCUCUUUGUGGUAUUAAGUAGUUGUCCAAUUGACAGCUUGAGUGCUCGACUGACACUUCGAAUGUUGUCAGCAGUCUUGUGCUGUUCGCUGAUGUAUGCGAGUCUCCCCCGGAGGUGCCAAUCAAUAGUCGAAACGGUCAUAGACGCCACCUCAGCCAUGCGCAUCACAUGCAGCAAGCGGCAGCAACAGCAACACAGCCACAACAACAAUAACAACAACUACAACAACAGCAAUAACAACAACACCCAUAAGCCAAUAACAACAUCCGAUGAUUGCCUAAAGCCUAUGAAAUAAAAUAAAGCGCGCAAGUGAGAGAGAGAGAGAAAAACAGAGCGAGCGAGCGAGAGAGAAGGGCAAGCGAGAGCAAGAGGAACAGAGAAAGUAAACCCGCCGUAAAAUACACCAAAGAAGCUGACCAAAUAAGAAAAUAGAUAGAAAAUAGUCCAGGAAAACAAAAAUGUUGAUCAAAGAGUAUCGCAUACCACUGCCCCUCACCGUCGAGGAGUACCGGAUUGCCCAGCUGUAUAUGAUAGCG